AUGGCAUACAGCAUGAAGAUGGUACAUUCAAUUAUGAUGAUAAAAACUAGUAUUGUGAUGCUUCUAUUGGCCAUCAUUUGGGCUGCAUUUCCGGCUGAAGUGGCGUUGCACAACCGUACCCUAUCAAGAGCGAUGCGCUCUUUUACCGCAAGGCGCUCUUUGGUAAAUACUCCUCAGCAGGUAAAUACUUCCUCUAACUUUGAAGAUAAUGAACUAUACAUUGGAUUAGUGUUCCGUAAGAUUGUCUUACUUACAUACGGAAGUGAUUAUGUGCAUAUUUCGAUGGUUGGAAGUGAUAGAAUGAGAAUAACAUGGAUCACUCAAAAUCCAGCUCCUUCAAAAAUAGAGUAUGGUUUGUCACCAGGAACGUUUGAUGAUUCAGUUGAUGGAAGUGCUACAACUUACAACUUUGUUUUCUAUAAGUCGGGCCAAAUCCAUGAGGCAAUCACCGGGCCUCUCAAGCCUGAUACUGUUUAUUACUACCGUUGUAGCGGGGAUGCUUCUCGUGAGUUCAGUUUCAAGACUACACCACCUCAAUUGCCUCUCAAAUUUGUUGUCAUAGGUGAUUUAGGGCAAACAAAAUGGACAGAUGCAACACUCCAACACAUAUCACAAGUCAACUAUGACAUGCUCUUACUACCAGGAGACUUAUCCUACGCAGACUUUUGGCAACCGAGUUGGGACUCAUUCGGCCGCCUUGUAGAACCCUUAGCUAGCCAUAGACCCUGGAUGGUGACUCAUGGAAAUCAUGAAGUUGAAAAGAUACCGUUAAUUCACAACACUCCUUUCACCUCCUACAAUGCUCGAUGGCACAUGCCUUUCGAGGAGAGUAAUUCUCCGUCCAACCUAUACUACUCCUUCAAUGUCGCUAGUCAAGUUCAUGUUAUCAUGCUAGGUUCCUACACUGAUUUUGGCCCAAGCUCAAGCCAAUACAGUUGGCUUGAAGGCGACCUAAAGAAGAUCGACAGGAAAAAGAUCCCAUGGGUUGUGGUCCUAUGCCAUGCACCUUGGUACAAUUCUAACAAGGCUCACGCAAGGGAGUUUGAAUCAGUUGGUAUGAAGCAGGCCAUGGAGAAAUUACUCUAUGAUGCAAAAGUUGAUGUAGUUUUUACUGGUCAUGUGCACGCUUAUGAGCGCUUUGAUCGAGUAUAUGAUGGAAAAAUCAACAAGUGUGGCGCUGUGCAUAUCACUAUUGGGGAUGGUGGCAAUCGUGAAGGUCUAGCUAAAAGCUUUGUCGAUCCAAAGCCAGAGAUCUCUAUUUUUAGAGAGGCAAGUUUUGGGCAUGGACAAUUUGAAGUGAUCAACUCAAGCCAUUCUCGAUGGACAUGGCACAGGAAUCAAGAUGAUGUCUUUGUAGCAGCUGAUUCAUAUUGGUUAACUAGCAUUAGUUCAGAUCCAGAUUGUAAGUUUCAGUAA